GGGCGGUCCCCCUCGGAGUGGGGGGUCGUGCCUCCUGAAGCCGCCCCCGGGACCUCUGUCCUGGAGGAGGCGAGGGUUGAUCCAGUUGUUCAGCAGACUAUGAGCAGACCAGAGAAUCUGCUCUCUACUGGUUCCUCAUUAGCAUCACAAGUUCAUGCCGCUGCAGUUAAUGGAGAUAAAGGUACUCUUCAGAGGCUCAUAGUAGGAAAUGCUUCUUUUAAAGACAAAGAAGACCAAUUUGGGAGAACACCACUUAUGUAUUGUGUGUUGGCAGACAGAUUAGACUGUGCAGAUGCUCUGUUAAAGGCAGGAGCAGAUGUCAAUAAGACUGAUCACAGCCAGAGAACAGCCCUCCAUCUUGCAGCUCAAAAGGGAAAUUAUCGUUUCAUGAAACUCUUACUCACACGCAGAGCAAACUGGAUGCAGAAGGAUCUAGAAGAGAUGACACCCUUGCACUUGGCCACCCGGCACAAGAGCCCUAAGUGUUUGGCACUUCUGCUGAAGUUUAUGGCACCCGGGGAAGUAGACACACAGGAUAAAAAUAAGCAAACAGCUCUGCAUUGGAGUGCCUACUACAACAACCCUGAGCACGUGAAGCUGCUGAUCAAGCAUGACUCCAACAUUGGCAUCCCUGACGUCGAGGGCAAGAUCCCUCUCCACUGGGCAGCCAACCACAAAGACCCAAGUGCCGUGCACACAGUGAGAUGCAUCCUGGAUGCUGCCCCAACGGAGUCUCUACUGAACUGGCAAGACUACGAGGGCCGCACCCCUCUCCACUUUGCAGUUGCGGAUGGAAACGUGACGGUGGUUGACGUCCUGACCUCAUAUGAAAGUUGCAACAUAACAUCAUAUGAUAACUUAUUUCGAACCCCUCUGCACUGGGCAGCUUUAUUAGGCCAUGCACAGAUUGUCCAUCUUCUUUUAGAAAGAAAUAAAUCAGGAACUAUCCCAUCGGACAGCCAAGGAGCCACACCCCUGCACUAUGCAGCUCAGAGUAACUUUGCUGAAACAGUUGAAGUGUUUUUAAAACAUCCUUCAGUGAAAGAUGAUUCAGACCUUGAAGGAAGAACUUCCUUUAUGUGGGCAGCAGGGAAGGGCAGCGAUGAUGUUCUUAGGACCAUGCUGAGCUUGAAAUCUGACAUUGAUAUUAACAUGGCAGACAAAUAUGGAGGCACAGCUUUGCAUGCGGCUGCCCUUUCUGGCCACGUCAGCACUGUGAAAUUAUUACUAGAAAACGAUGCUCAAGUAGAUGCCACUGACGUCAUGAAACACACUCCACUUUUCCGAGCCUGUGAGAUGGGACACAAAGAUGUGAUUCAGACACUUAUUAAAGGUGGAGCAAGGGUAGAUCUCGUUGACCAAGAUGGACAUUCACUUCUACACUGGGCAGCACUAGGAGGAAAUGCUGACGUGUGCCAGAUAUUGAUAGAAAAUAAGAUCAAUCCAAACGUGCAAGAUUACGCAGGGAGAACCCCUCUGCAGUGUGCUGCAUACGGGGGAUACAUCAACUGCAUGGCAGUGCUCAUGGAAAACAAUGCAGACCCCAACAUCCAAGACAAAGAGGGAAGAACAGCGUUGCACUGGUCCUGUAACAAUGGAUACCUUGAUGCCAUCAAACUAUUGCUCCAUUAUGCUGCUUUCCCUAAUCAGAUGGAAAACAACGAAGAGAGGUACACACCCCUUGACUAUGCUUUGCUCGGUGAACGCCAUGAAGUGAUCCAGUUCAUGUUGGAACACGGGGCCCUGUCCAUCGCAGCCAUACAAGACAUUGCUGCCUUCAAAAUCCAAGCUGUCUACAAAGGGUACAAAGUCCGGAAGGCUUUCCGAGACCGGAAGAACCUCCUCAUGAAGCAUGAGCAGCUGAGGAAAGAUGCUGCCGCCAAAAAACGGGAGGAAGAAAACAAGCGAAAGGAGGCAGAACAGCAGAAAGACUGGCUGAGCCCAGAUUCUCACAUACCCCAAGCCCUUCCCUGUCUACCUAGCCCCAGCAAGCAGCCUCCAUCUAGACCCAUGUCCCAGGGCCUGACGCCAAGAGACGGCAGUGGGUCUCCAGCUAGAACACCUCCAAAGGACCAACAUGUUCCCUUAGAUCUUCAGAAAACAGACUCCAGAAAGACAAAUGAAACAUCCAAGGAACAUUCUAAAGGCUGCUCUGCCUGUGUCCAUGUCAGAGCCAGAGAAGGCCAUGGGGGAGAGCGGCGUCGGAGAGUCUCCUCUGUGGAGAGGUGCAGAGGUCAGACAGCUGGCGAGCAGUGGCGUGAGAAGAGGAAAGACAUGGCGAAGGCACUUUCCCCCAUCAGCACUGUCAGGGCGGCUGGGCCUGAAGAGAAAGGAAAGGACCCUAGUCAUGCACCUACAAGCCUUUCCCAGGACAGCCACUGGAAGGCCAGCAGGCAGCAAGACUCAGCACCCAAGACCAGAAGUGUUCCCCAGAAAAAGUGCACUCAAGAGGUCAAAGGAAGGUGCUCCCCAGCCGGUGCCAGUCGGCCUGGCACAGCCAAACAGGAGAUGGUUUGUUCGCGGCAGAGUCCUCGCCACCAUCGCACACCAAAAAGCAAGGUUACACCAAAGCUUGUAGGAGAAAUCUAUUCAGACUUGCCCCAGAACACAGAGAUGAGGUCAAAACCCAGAAAGCCAGGGACAUCUGCUCUGUCUGAGGACAUUCAGGAAUCUAAGGAGACAGAGCCCACACCUGUGCACCUCUCUGCCCAGAGUGUGAAUAUUGACCUUCUCCCUGUCGAGCUCCGCCUGCAGAUUAUCCAGAGAGAAAGGUGCAGGAAAGAGCUGUUUCGGAGAAAGAACCAGGCGGCGACCAUCAUCCAGCGUGCCUGGAGAAGGUACCAGCUCAGGAAGCACCUGUCACACCUUGUGCAUAUGAAACAGCUUGGAGGGAAAGACAUGCUCCGAUGGAAGCGAGUAUGCACAGCAUUGCUCAUCCAAGCUUGGAGGAAGGAACUGGAACUGAAGCUCCCAAAGACCACCUCAGUACGCAGGAUGCCCAAGAGCCUAGCCAAAAGCACCUCAGGCACAAAGCUUACCAAGCACUCAGUGCUGAAGCAAAUCUAUGGUUGUUCUCAAGAAGGGAAAGUCUAUCAUCCCACAAGGCCUUCAAAAGCCCCUCCUGUGCUGCAGCUGAAUUCAGUGAGCAACUUGCAGUGUAUUCAUCUGGAGAGCAGUAGAAAAUCAAAGAACUUUUCCUAUAACCUGCAAUCGGCUACGCAAUCAAAAAACAAACCAAAGCUUUGACUGCCUGUGGAGGAAGACUGGAAGCAUCAGUACAAAAGCCUCAUUUUCUAUGAAAUCUUUUGCAUCUUGGCAAAGCUUUAGUAUCCAAACCUAAAGCCUUACUACCCUGAAAAUGUGCUAAUAACUAGAAGAAAAGGUCGGCCCGACUCCUCUGCUUUUACACAGUACUGUUUCUAAAUCAUCUCAGCGGCACUGAAAGGACUGGAGUAGACUGUGCUCGUGGUUGGGUGCUUUCACCUCAGUCAGUAUGCCUGGGAAUGAGAACUGGUAAUGAAUGGUAACAUAAAACUAAGAACAUGAGCACUCAAGGAGUGGUGGGCUUUCUGACAGUAAGCUGGCAGAGACUUGGUUUGCUGGCUCAAGUGAUAAACCUAAAUGCGAGAAGCAGCCACCUUCAUCUCAUUCCCUCCCUGGAAUGGACCAACAUCGCGAGAGACGCCAUAUUUUACGCUGCUACUGGAACCUUAUCAGCUUAAAUUCUGGACAAAAACCAUGAGCAGUGUUUCCAUUUAGAAACUGUAAGACCAUAAGUACAUUCCUUUGAUUCCUUAGGUUUUCCAGUUCCUGUGUUAGUCACAGGUCACAGCCAUGUCCUCUCUGUAUAGUAUUCUUCCUGCUCAGAACAGCCGUGUCAUAUCAAAGUCAGUAAGGUAGGGUCUGUACUCACAAAGCAAGGUGCCAAGGCAGGCUCAACAUCCUCCUGUGUUUCCUGACCACUUGCAGAGAUGAGAGGUCUCAAAAUGCCAUUCCUACUGGCAGGGAACACUACACACAUUUUAGCACUGAAAGAAAGCCUGGUUUAAAUAAAACAGGCUUUUUACACUUUCCUAAGGGUGAGGCGGCUGCUAUAGGAAUAGACAAAAAAGCACAAACAGCAAUAUCAAGAUCACACAUUUUUUACUUCCACAUGCCAUUCCUAUGGCUAACACCAAAAGGCAGGAAGCAAUAAAAUAUUUGCAAAUGUUAACUGCCUUCACUUUUAAGUUUAAUAGUAAUAUUGAAAAUAUGAAAAUACUGCAAGGCUUAGCUUGAUGGAAUCAUGAAGAUUCAGCUAUUUGUUGGUAUAUAAGAUAAGGUACCGUAGAACCAUUCAAUAUUUUGUAAAUAUAUCACUCCUAUGAAAUGUAAAAUGCACUGACACCAGUAACCAUGUAUCUAUAUUAGUCCAGAACAGCCUGAGCUUUAGUAGGUAUUCCCAAGUGUUAUAUCCCCACUUCCAUGCAAAAGAAGGUCCAUGAAGAACUUUUUGUAAGUUUAGCUUUAAUGACAAACAUCUACUACAUCAGUCCCUCUUCAAAAUAAGAUAGAUUAUGAAUAAACAGUUUCCAAUAAGUAA